GUUACAUUGAUCCAGCCUGCUGAAGACACCUGGAGACCAUGACCAAGAAAAGAAUUGCUGUGAUUGGGGGAGGUGCGAGCGGGCUCUCCUCUAUCAAGUGCUGCCUGGAAGAAGGCCUGGAGCCAAUCUGCUUUGAAAGGAGCGAUGACAUCGGAGGGCUCUGGAGGUUCCAGGAAAAUCCUGAGGAAGGACGAGCUAGUAUUUACAAAUCAGUGAUCAUCAACACGUCUAAGGAGAUGAUGUGCUUCAGUGACUAUCCUAUCCCAGAUCAUUAUCCUAACUUCAUGCACAACUCCCGGGUUCUGGAGUAUUUCAGGAUGUAUGCCAAAGAAUUUGAUCUUCUAAAAUACAUUCGAUUGAAGACCACCGUGUGCAGGGUGACGAAGCGGCCUGAUUUCUCCACUUCUGGCCAAUGGGAGGUAGUCACAGAAUCUGAAGGGAAAGAGGAGGUGAAUGUCUUUGAUGGAGUCAUGGUUUGCACCGGCCAUCACACCAAUGCGCACUUACCCUUGGAAAGCUUCCCUGGAAUCGAGAAGUUCAAAGGACAGUACUUCCACAGCCGAGACUAUAAGAAACCAGAGAUUUUCACCGGAAAGAGAGUCAUUAUAAUUGGCAUUGGGAAUUCUGGAGGGGAUCUGGCUGUGGAAAUUUCCCACACGGCCAAGCAGGUUUUCCUCAGCACCAGGAGGGGCGCUUGGAUCCUGAAUCGUGUAGCAGACUACGGAUAUCCCGUUGAUGUGCUAUUGUCUUCUCGAUUUAAACAUUUUCUUCAGAAGAUUUGUGGUGAAUCAUCAGCAAACUAUUUUUUGGAGAAAAAGAUGAACCAAAGAUUUGACCAUGAAAUGUUUGGCCUAAAGCCUAAACACAGAGCUCUGAGUCAGCAUCCAACAGUGAAUGAUGACCUGCCAAAUCGUAUAAUUUCUGGCUUGGUGAAGGUGAAAGGAAAUGUGAAGGAAUUCACAGAGACAGCUGCCAUAUUUGAAGAUGGCUCCAGGGAGGAUGACAUUGAUGCUGUUAUCUUUGCCACAGGCUAUUCCUUUGCCUUUCCUUUUCUUGAAGAUUCUGUUCAAGUAGUCAAAAACAAGAUAUCCCUAUAUAAAAAGGUCUUCCCUCCUAACCUGGAAAAGCCAACUCUUGCAAUCAUAGGCUUGAUCCAGCCUUUGGGUGCCAUUAUGCCCAUUUCAGAGCUCCAAGGACGCUGGGUCACUCAAGUGUUUAAAGGGCUGAGGACAUUGCCCUCACAAAGCAAAAUGAAAGCAGAAAUAGCUAAGGCUCAAGAGGAAAUGGCAAAAAGGUAUGUGGAGAGCCAACGCCAUACCAUCCAGGGAGACUAUAUAGAUACCAUGGAGGAGCUUGCUGAUCUGGUGGGUGUCAGGCCCAAUCUGCUGUCUCUGGCCUUCACUGACCCCAAACUAGCAAUACAGCUCAUUUGGGGACCCUGCACUCCAAUCCAGUAUCGUCUACAAGGCCCUGGAAAAUGGGAUGGAGCCCGAAAAGCUAUCCUCACCACAGAAGAACGUAUCAGAAAGCCAAUGAUGACAAGAGUGAUCGAACCCAGUAAUUCCAACACUUCAACAAUAACAAUGGCCAAGUUUAUGCUGGCUGUUGUUUUCUUUGCUAUAAUUGUGACCUACUUUUAGCUGUCCCAUUUGUCAUUGCCCCAGUUUUCUUUGGAAAGCUGGAUCUAGAAAUGCCUUCUGAAUCUGAUGAGGUUGAACAACUCUUAGCUUCACAUUGCUCAAGAAUCUAUCUACUUUUCUCAUGCCGAAGCAUUAAUCCUCUUCCCUCUUUUCCAUACAGUGAGACUCUAGCUUUUAAUUCAUAUUGAUUUCCCUUCCGUCCUUUGUGUCCCACCACUUUUUCCUUUUAGUAACUCCUGAACUAUGAGCUCAGGUACCUUUUCAGUCAUCUUUGUAGGUCCUUAGCAGACUUCUUGACAUGUGGUAUGUGCUUAGUAAAUGCUCUCAAUAUUAUGAUGGGGAGCAGGAGUCAAUAUCUGUAUAAGAAAUGGGUGACUCCAUGGAACUCUGCUUCUGAUAGGAUUUGAUUUUCUAUUAGAAGUUCAAUCUUGGGGCACCUGGGUGGCUCAGUCAGUUGAGCAUCCAACUCUUGAUUUCAGCUCAGGUCCUGA